AUGUAUUUUUUAACAAAAAAAAAUUAACCACCCCAUCAAAGUGGUUUGACCUUCAUCUCUCACCUCUUUCAUUAAAAACAAUAGGAGCUAAUUUCAACCAAUAAAAUUAUUUAACUCAAUGAGGAACUCAUUAAUUAAUAAAGAAAGCAAGUUACCAGUCCUAGGGAAAAAGCGUAAUCUAGAGAUAAAGAAAAGGCAAACAUUAGGUAAAUAACCAUCAGAUCAUACUCCUCAUUAUAAAUUAACGAUUUAGUUGAAAAUACUUUAAAAAGAGAGAAAUUCCACAUUAGAUUAAAGAGUCCAAACAAAUUUUGUAGAGUCAAAGCAUUAUAGGAGAUAAGAGAAAGGCAGAAAUCACCCACUUUUCUAAUUAAGUAAAGAACAUAGCCAAUUUAUUCCUAAAGUAUUCCAGCUACUGCUAGAGUAAAUGGAUAUUGA